GCUGGGUUGGGCGGGCCUUGGCGGAAAUCAACUUCCGGGGGCAGAGGUGUUAGAAGCCGAGUGGUGUGUGGGCUACCCCAACUCUAGUGACUGGGGCCGCCGUCUCACCUCAAGGGCCUAGGGCCGUGGCUCGGGUGUGCGCGUAGGGGUCUGUGUGCUGGGGGUGGCUCACCAGGCAUCGUGGGCUAGCGGCGCAGCGGCGGCAGCAGAGAGCGAGAAAGAGGAGCAGGACCUCUACUUACGUAAGCUGGAACAAGUCACAUCAGAGCAGAUAUCCUUGCAUUGCUCUUCAACUUUGUAGAGAAGGUGCCACUUAAAGAAUGGAUGAUGAUGAUUUUGGUGGUUUUGAGGCUGCGGAGACUUUUGAUGGUGGAAAUGGUGAAACCCAAACAACAUCUCCUGCUAUUCCUUGGGCUGCCUUUCCUACAGUAUCCGGAGUCCAUCUUUCACCAUGUUCUCCUGAGAUUGUACUGGACCAUGACCACUCUUCUACCAUUGGCUGCCUCUCUUCUGAUGCAAUUAUUUUAUCAUCAGAGAAUACACAUGCAGAGAACAGCACUGUGAGUCAAACUAUUUCUAAAGCACAGAUUCAACAAUCACCACACACUCAUCUGGAUAUCUCACUUUUUCCAUUGGGUUUAACCGAUGAAAAAAGUAAUGGAACAAUUGCCCUUGUGGAUGAUUGUGAGGAUCCGGGAGCCAAUGUAUCUAACAUACAACUUCGGCAAAAAAUUUCAAGUCUGGAGAUUAAACUCAAAGUAUCUGAAGAAGAAAAACAGAGAAUUAAAAAGGAUGUGGAAUCAUUGAUGGAAAAGCAUAAUGUUUUAGAAAAAGGCUUUCUAAAAGAAAAAGAGCAAGAAGCCAUUUCUUUUCAAGAUAGUUACAAAGAACUUCAGGAAAAACAUAAACAAGAAUUGGAAGACAUGAGGAAAGCUGGUCACGAAGCCCUCAGCAUUAUUGUGGACGAAUAUAAGGCACUACUGCAGUCUUCAGUUAAGCAACAAGUAGAAGCUAUUGAAAAACAGUACGUUUCUGCAAUUGAGAAACAAGCACACAAGUGUGAGGAGUUGCUAAAUGCUCAGCAUCAGAGGCUCCUUGAAAUGCUAGAUACAGAGAAGGAACUGUUAAAAGAAAAAAUAAUGGAAGCUUUGAUUCAGCAAUCUCAAGAACAGAAGGAAAUAUUGGAAAAAUGUUUGGAGGAAGAAAGGCAAAGAAAUAAAGAGGCAUUAGUAUCUGCUGCAAAGCUUGAAAAAGAAGCAAUGCAGGAUGCAGUUUUAAAAGCCAUAGAAGAAGAAAGAAAACAUUUGGAAAAAGCCCAUGCUGAAGAAAGGGAAUUAUGGAAGAUAGAACAUGCAAAAGAUCAAGAAAAAGUAUCUCAAGAAAUUCAAAAAGCUAUACAAGAACAAAGAAAAAUAAGUCAGGAAACUGUAAAGGCAGCAAUAAUAGAAGAGCAGAAGCGAAGUGAAAAGGCUGUGGAAGAGGCAGUGAAAACAACAAGAGAUGAAUUGAUAGAGUAUAUAAAAGAACAGAAAAGGCUUGAUCAAGUCAUCCGUCAAAGAAGCCUGUCCAGUUUGGAACUGUUCCUCUCCUGUGCGCAAAAACAGUGUGGAUACCUACAAACAAGUGGCUCAACCAUACUGCCCCUCUAACCUUGACUGACAGAUCUGUAGGUGAAGACCUGACCCCAGGUGAGCCUCCUAUGAAAAGUCUUAUGGUGACAUCACUUCAACUAUUUUUCCAUAGGGAGACAGACAUGAACCCCUAUAUCUAAGGUUAGAGGUUCCCCCAACCCAUUUUUCCAAGAGUCUUGGAUUCUGUGAGAUACCCAAAUACCCUUCCAGUAUGUUAGCACUACUAACUUUUUUCCCUUAAGCUAGCCAGAGCCAGUUUCUAUUACGUGCAACCAAAAAAAUAUUAACCAAGGCAGUCCAGCACAGAGCCCAGCAAGUAAUCCCUGAAUACUUGGCACUUUUUAGUUCCUCAUUUCCUCUACCAUACCAAUCCACAUCCAAAAUGGGAACACUCUUUGAUUUAUUUUAAGGAAUGUUAAAAAUAUAACUGAACCAAAGCCUCUAUUGUCUAACAAAGCCAAGUAAAUCAGAUACCCCAAACUAUGAACAAACAGUGCCCUAUUUAAAAGCUUUCUGUCACUCAGAAUCUAGAGUAGAGGUUUAAACUCAGCUUUGCUGAAUGCUGACUCACGUUCCAUUUCAAAGGAAGCUUACUCAGUGAUUGCUUUGAAAUCAAAACCAGAACAAUGUCCCUAUGAUUGGUGUUAUUCUGCACUGAGUCAGUUAUCUAUUAUUGUAACUUCUUUUUUUAUCUGACAAACUGAACGGAAUCAGGACAUGUUCUCUAUAUUUAAAAGAAUAAUACAUCUGAAUAAGAAAAAAAUAUAUAUAUAAACCUGGAAAAUAUUUAUAAAACUCCAGGAGAAAAGGAGACUUGGAUCAAAGCACUUCGCCUCUGGGCUUCUGUUUACAUACUAGUAAACAACUCUGCUGUGUCUCCAAAGACUGCUAACAAGAAGCAGAAAGCCAGUGUGUUCUGAAUCCACAGGCUCCUUCCUUGUAGGCAUCGCCAUUGGCAUCAGAGUAAGUGGAUGAAGUGGAUGUUAUCACUAUAUAUGAGAGCUCACAGUUGUGACUGCUGACUGCUGGGCUUUUUUUUUUUAAGCUAGGCAAAACUAAAACUAUUCCCUGAAUUUAACUGAUAAAUAAACACAUUUUUAACACACCCAAUCCUCCAUAAUGCACGGGCUACUUGUUCACCAAUCAUUGCUAUACCUAACUAGAAGGGAAAGAGUGGGUAAAAUUUUCUUUGAUCUGGUUUUGUUUUCUAAUCCCCACCUUCCCAAACAUUCAUUCUCAACAAGUUGCUCUCCCUUAAAUUGUUCCCCUUCCCGGAAUCGCUAUAUAUUGAACUUUUACUAUGGAGUACUUAUAUAAUUAAUGUUUUAAUUGUUACUUAUAAUUAACAAUUUGUGGUUUUAUUUGUUUAUAUCUGCCUCCUAAGAAGAGAGACUGCAUCUGUUUUGUUGUAUCAGUUCAUUUAAUAUUGCCUAGCCUGUAGUGAGGACUUAGUGUAUAAUUGAGUUAAUAAAUAAUUGAAUCAAUCAAAAAAGCAAUCAUUUCACCUACAAUGUAGUUAACCAACUAAUCCCCAGCUAAUAGAUUUUGGCUACUGCUUUAAAGGAUUUAGCUAAAGUUGCUGUGUUUCUGAAUGAGAUCCUGUAAGAAAAUUAACCCUCAUAAAACAGUAAAACCCACCUUCUAUAUAAAUCAAUAAAAUUUCUGAAAACUCUAAAAUGAA